AUGCAGCAAGCGCAGAAGAUAAAGAGGACAAAGAAGAGGAGGAUAAAAAGAAGGAUAAAGAUGGAUAUAGAGCAGCAGUUGAAAGCGUUAGUAGGCGAAAAGGCCGAAUUUCGGGGCGUACAGAGACCAGCAUUAAAGGCUAUUAUGCACUAUAAGAGCCCGGUAGUUGCUAUUAUAGGCACAGGUAGAGGCAAGAGCGUGUUGUUUAUAUUGCCAGCAUUAUGUUCAACAGGUGUAACAGUAGUAGUUGUGCUAUUGGUGUCGUUGCGGGAGGAUAUAAAAAGCUGUUGCAACAAAGCCGGCAUCGGUUGCGCGCAGGUCGUGUUGGUCACGCCGGAGUCGGCGGUUGGGGAGGCAUUUGGCAAUUUUAUCAACCGACAGCGGUCGAUGGGACGGUUGGACCGGAUUAUAAUUGAUAAAUGCCACGUAAUUUUAGAUUUAGUAGGCGGGUGGAGGAGCAGGAUAUUGGCGUUAAGGAAUUUAGUUAUAAUAGAAACGCAGUUAGAAGAGGACGCAGUUGUUAAGUUAGUAGAGAGUUUAAAGCAGAAGCACGCGGGGGGGCAGGUAAUUAUGUAUUGCAACACGGUAAAGAAGACAAUUCGAUUAGCAGAAGUUUUAGAGUGCGUUUAUUUCCACCAAAACGUAGGAAGCAGCAAGGAGAAGAGCGAGUUAGUAAAGCAGUUAACUAAAGGGCAACAGCAGGUGUUCACGGCCACAAACGUAUUAGGGUUGGGCAUUAAUGCGCCAAUAAUUCGAGCGAAUGCGAAGAGGGGGAACAGAGAUAUUAGCGAUAUCGAGCGCGUUUAG